CAUUUAUUAUUAAAAUAUUUCACUGUUCAUAUGGGAAGCCUGCCUUGUCUGUGAAAGGCUGGACAAGGUGUAUAGAGGAAAAGAACAUGGGGACUUUACCUCAAGAGAAGAUUGAAAAGAUCUUUUCUCUAGACAGCUCCUUAACUUCCAAUGCCAUCCAAAUUGUGGCACAUGCCUUAAAUGUGGCUUGUUCAUCCCAGUCCCAAAAAACAAUGAGGAAGAGAAAAGCCAAGCUGGAAGUUGAAAAGAUCCAACCAUGGCAGACAUUGCCUUACUCCCAGUGUGUGGAAGCAUGUCAGCAUGGAUAUUUCAAGGUGGUCCAGGAGGGGAAACCAAAUUGCUGCUACAACUGUGCCCCCUGUGCAGAAGGGAGGAUUUCUACCCAAGAAGAUGCAAACUACUGCAUCAGAUGUCCAGAAAAUCAAUAUCAGAAUAAGAAGCGAGAUCAAUGUAUUGCCAAAAAUGUCACGUUUUUGUCCCAUCAAGAGAAUUUGGGGAUCAUCCUUACUACCCUUGCCCUAUUCCUAAUCUUAACUACAAUCUUUGUCUUGGGAAUCUUCAUUAAAUUCCAAGAAACUCCCAUAGUAAAAGCCAACAACCGGGACCUCUCCUACAUUCUACUGGUCUCCCUUCUGAUUUCCUUCUUGACCUCAUUCCUUUUCAUUGGUCAGCCAAGGAGAACCACCUGCCUUCUCCGACAAACAGUCUUCAACAUCAUCUUCUCAAUUGCUGUGUCUUCUGUCUUGGCCAAAACAAUCAUGGUGGUGCUGGCCUUCCUAGCCACAAAGCCAGGAAAUGGUAUGAGGAAAUAUCUGGGCAAGAGUCUGGCCAACACCAUCAUCAUUUCUUGUUCUAUUGUUCAGGUUGUCAUUUGUUUCACUUGGUUAGGAGUUUUUCCUUCAUUCCCUGAUUCUGACAUGUAUUCGCAGCCUAGAGAGAUUGUUCUACAGUGCAAUGAAGGCUCUGCUGCUAUGUUUUAUAUUGCCCUUGGCUACAUGGGCUUUCUGGCUGCCGUUUGCUUCACAGUGGCUUUCCUGGCCAGGAAUUUGCCUGGGUCCUUCAACGAAGCCAAGCUGAUCACCUUCAGCAUGCUGGUCUUCUGCAGUGUCUGGCUGUCCUUUGUGCCUACCUAUCUGAGCACCAAAGGGAAAUACAUGGUGGCUGUGCAGGUCUUCUCCAUCUUGGCUUCCAGUGCUGGGCUGCUGGGUUGCAUCUUCAUCCCUAAGUGUUACAUCAUUGUGCUGAGGCCAGACUUGAAUACAAAGGAGCAAUUGAUGUUGAAAAAUGAAGUCGUCUGUGGGACACUCAAAAUCCAAUGUCUCCCAACUCAGUAUCAGGAUGGGAUGAACCCACCCAACCAUAACAGUCCAGGAGAGUUUUUUAUCGGCAGCAUAAUCUCUGCAACCAGGGCUAAGUUUCCACCAUUAAGCUUCAACACGACUCCUUCAACUCAGCCAUUCCAGAAAGCAAACCCAGAAUACUGGAAAGUGUUGUCAUAUCUUUUUGCCAUCCAGGAGAUCAACCAGGAUUCUCACCUCUUACCCAACAUCACUCUGGGUUACAAUGUUUAUGAAAAUUAUUUCACUCCACGAAUGACUUCAGAUGCUUUGCUAGAUCUGCUUUCAGAUGGGGAGGCCAAUGUCCCCAACUACAGCUGUGGGAGUCAGAGAAACACAGUGGCUGUUCUGGAAGGAUCUGAGACUGGCGUCUCCAUCCAGAUAUCCACAGGUCUGCCAAUCAGUUACAAUUUUGUUUCUCAGGUUCUGAAUGAUAAAAGCUAUUUUCCUUUCUUCUACCCAAUGCUCCCCUCUGAAGGAUUCCAGUAUUCAGGGAUGGUCAAGCUUCUUCUCCAUUUCAGGUGGAUUUUGGUUGGGCUGUUUGCUCCGGACACCGACCAGGGGCAGAAAUUCAUGAGGACGAUGACCUCCAUGCUGAUAAAAUAUGGCAUCUGUCCAGUUUUAUCACAAACCUUUUCCAGAGCUAAACACUUCAGUCUUUCUGAUGCCUACAGCAAUUGGAGACAAGUUAAUGUCUUCCUCUAUGGUGCAGACAUAGGCAUUAGGAUGAUAAUUAUACACAAAGCUGUUGAGCGUUUUAAGAAACCUGUUACAGGCAAGGAUCCUUUUUCAGUGAAACUCUGGAGAUGGUGCAGGGAAAGAGAAGAACUGGAAUCUCUGCCCCAAGAGGCGAUGGAUCGUAUCUUAUCAAUAGACAACUACUUCACUUACAACACCAUCUGGGCUGUGGCACAGGCUUUACAUACAGUCAUUAUAUCCAGCUCUAAGAGGACAAGGAAUAAAGAUAGUAAGAACAGGGAAACUCCAAGGCUUAAGGCUUGGCAGCUUCAUUCUUCCUUUCGAAACUCUCAGUUCUACAAUAAUUCCAUAGAAGGGGUGUACCUGAAUGAAAAUGGAGAACUGAUAGCAGAUCCGGAUAUUGUGAAUUGGGCAAUUUUAUCCAAUAUAUCU